AUGGCAAUGUCCACGAGCAUGGCCACCGUCCAUCGAUGGGCGAUUCACCCGAGAGGAUUUGGAUUAGCUUCCCAUUGCCUUCAAGCAUCCAAAUCCGCAAAGGCGAUAAAUUUAAGCAGGUCAAUUUGUUGCAGGACAAAGGUGUCGAAAUCCACUUCUAAUACAGACACAGUCGUCGCCGCCGACGACAAUUACGGCCGUAAGGAAGUCAUUAGCGUCAAUCCCAGGCUCUAUGACUACUUGUUGGCGAACGUUAGAGAACCAGAGAUAUUGCGGGAGCUUAGGGAGGAAACUGCUAAAAUUCAGGGUAGUCAGAUGCAGGUAUCACCGGAUCAAGCGCAGCUUCUUGCAAUGCUCGUUGAGAUUCUUGGAGCAGAAAGGUGUAUAGAAGUUGGAGUAUACACUGGGUACUCAUCUCUUGCGGUUGCUUUGGUCCUGCCAGAAGGAGGUCAGCUAGUAGCAUGUGAGAGGGACGAGAGGUCAUUAGAAGUUGCACAAAGAUACUAUGACCGUGCAGGUGUUUCAAAUAAGGUGAAAGUAAAACAUGGGUUAGCUGCUGACACGUUGAAGUUGAUGGUCCAGAAUGGUGAAGGCAGCAGCUAUGAUUUUGCCUUUGUGGAUGCAGACAAGAGAAUGUACCAAGAUUAUUUUGAAUUGCUCUUGCAGUUGGUGAGAGUUGGAGGCCUUAUAGUGAUUGACAAUGUUCUUUGGCAUGGGCGGGUGGCAGAUCCACUGGUAAAUGACGCCAAGACGCUUAGUAUCAGAAACUUCAACAGAAAAUUGAUGAAGGAUGACCGCGUGUCCGUUAGCAUGGUUCCAAUUGGGGAUGGCAUGACAAUUUGUCGGAAGAGAUAG